AUGGGCUCUGCCGGGGUCCCCCUGCUGCUGCUGCUGCUGCUGCUGCUGGUGGGGUCGCUGUGCCGGAUCGCCGGAAGCGAACGGGGGAAGGAGCCCCCCGGGGGCAUCUUCUGGGAGCGACAGCCCUGUGGGGUGGGCCACUGGUGCCAAAGGAAGGCGUUGGAGCUUCUCCUCCUUGGGCAGAUUGGGGCCUUCCUCCCACACCCCCAAGGGUGGGACAUUGAGGGAUUGGGCGGGGGUCUCUCGCAGCCCCCCAGCUCUCCCCCAGGGGGCCCCAUCAGGAAAGUGGAGGGGGCUAAAAAGGCCCCCCUGGAUCCCCCUCCCAAUGGGCCCUCCAGAGGCCAUCCAUCGGCCUCUGUAGCAGGUCUCCGCCCUCCCCCUCCCCGCGUGGGUCCCCCCUCCAGUCGCGGCUGUGAGCGAUGGGCUUGGGAUUCCCUCCUGACAGCCCUUCUCCUCCUCCUCCUCCUCCUCCUCCUCUUCCUCGCAGCCCAUUUCUUGUUCCAGUUUAAGUCCGAGUGCCACUUCCUGAACGGGACGCAGCGGGUGCGCUACCUGUACAGGCACUUCUACGACUGGCAGGAGACUGACCUCUUCGACAGCGACCUGGGCAAGUUCGUGGCCGUGACCGAGUUGGGGCAGCCCGAUGCCGACCCUUGGAACAGCAAUAAGGUCUACAUGCAGUACCUGAGGGCCGCUGUGGAUCGCUUCUGCCGGCAUAAUUACGGGGUGUACAACUACCAGGCGGCCAAGACAAGGCCCAAGCCCACCAUCACCAUCUCCCCCACCAAGGCGGACCCCGCGGACCCCAACACCAUCCUCCUCUGCACUGCGACGGGCUUUUACCCCCUGGAGAUCGACAUCCGGUGGCUGAAGAACGGGCGGCCGGAGAAGGAGGGCGUCGCCUUCGGGGAGGAGCUGCAGAAUGGAGACUGGACCUACCAGCGCCAGGUGAUGCUGGAGACCCGGCCCCAGCGGGGGGACGUCUACGCUUGCCAGGUGGGGCACGCCAGCCUGGAGGCCCCCAUCACCGUCCAGUGGGAGCCACGUUCCUCCCACUCUGCCAGGAGCAAACUCUGGACGGGGGCCGUGGGGGCCAUGCUGGGGGUGGCCUUCCUGGCUGUGGGGCUCUCCCUCUACCUGAAGAGCAAGAAAGCACUCAUGAGUUAAUCCUGCUAUUGCUUCCUGCUGUCAGAUGCAAAAGGAUGUUUUUUUCAGAAGCUGAUGAAUUUCUGCCUCUUUUGCAACCCUUGAAGGAUGGAAGUUUGAGGCGGUGGGUUGGGGAGAGGUGGAGAAUCGCAGCCUGGACCUUCCCCUGCCGAGACCCACCAGC